AUGUCGGGAUACACAGGCUUGAUUGGCUUGCCAACGACAGGACAAUCUCCGAUCGAUCUAAACGAACGAUUAGUACGACCACGCAGGUACGAUUCUCUUGUUAUGAAUGGUCACUGGUUACAAGAUGGAGAAGCCCGUAUGAUUAAUAAUGGGCAUACCGCGAGAAUAACUUUGACCGGAGAUCGAAUUCCAUCCACGGUAAGCGGAGGUCCACUCGCGAACGACGUGUACGAAAUGUUCGACGCUCAUUUCCAUUGGGGCGAAGACAAUUGCCGGGGUGCUGAGCACACGAUCAAUGGCACUUGGUUCUCGAUGGAGUGUCACGUGGUGCACUGGAACAGAAAAUACGUGACUUUCGACGAAUGCCAGAGGCACAAAGAUGGCAUGUGCGUCCUGGCGUAUUUGUUCUUAGUGCAGCCUCCUUGCUGCGGUUGUAUCAAUCCGCAAAUGGAAAGAAUAACGGAGAACCUGCAGUAUAUUGUUGACGCUGACUCGGAAGUGAAAAUACCACCCAACUCACUGUCCUUUAUGCGUUGUGCAACGUAUUGCAGCUACUACUAUACGUACGCAGGAUCAUAUAACGUUGGUGAUAAUCCUGAAUGCGCCACUUGGAUUGUAUUUCCUGUUGUUACGCCGAUACGACCCGACGAAAUCAAUGAAUUUCGAAGGCUGAGGGACAAGGAUGGACGGUGUAUAAAGGCAAACUGGCGUGAAACGCAACAAUUGAAGUGUAGAAAAAUAUUUUUAGCAACCCCCUGA